AUUUACUAAGGUAAGCAACUCUAUCAUAUACCAUCUUGGUCAAAUUAGUCGUUUUUUGCUGUCACUUAAUUUUGCGCACAAAUUUUUUUGUACAGUAUCAUUUCUUAUUACUGAUAAUAAAUGUUCAGCAGGUAAGAAAUAAUCCAUAUUUCCUUAUCAUUCAUAACUUAUUGCGAGCAUAAUUUAAAUCUUGGAGUUUCGAAAACUGUACUGAUGCCAACUAAUUAAUCAUCCUUUUGCAGCUACAAAGCCUACCAGAAUGAAACCUGCCUGCAGGAUAUUGUGGCUGACUCUGAUAGUUUUAUUUGCUGUAGUAUGUACUACAUCAUCGUCUGAUAGAAAAACAUACAUAAUUCACAUCGAUAAUUCUAAACUCUUGGAACUAAAGAGUUUAAACAAGCAACCCCAAGAAUGGUAUGAAGAGAUUUUACAGGUUACUAGUACAACAUCAGCAGAUGAAGUUGAAGAAGCAUUGGCCCCAGAGCUUCUUUACACAUACGAGACUACUAUGACCGGGUUUUCUGCUAAACUCACCACAGAACAAUAUCAGCUGUUAACUGAUAUUGAUGGGGUACUGCAUGCUGCUCCUGAUCAGGUACGAAGCUUCCAAACCACAUACUCACCCGAUUUUCUUGGCCUAGAAUUAGGCCAAACAGGGCUGUGGAAUGAAAAGCCGGCGUCUGAUGUCAUAAUAGGUGUUGUUGACACUGGAAUUUGGCCAGAACAUAUCAGUUUUUCUGACACAGGAUUGUCUCCAGUUCCAUCAAGAUGGAAAGGCACCUGUGAGGAAGGCACAAACUUUUCGGUUACAAACUGUAAUAGGAAGCUCAUAGGCGCCAGGUUCUUCCAUAAAGGAUAUGAAGCAGCCUAUGGAAGAAUCAACACCACCUUAGAAUUCCUGUCUGCCAGAGAUUCUCGCGGUCAUGGGAGUCACACUGCAUCCACUGCAGCAGGAACUGCAGUGCCCGGUGCUAGCUUCUUUGGAAUGGCCAAUGGUAUUGCCCGCGGAAUGAGUUUCACUUCGAGAAUAGCAGCAUACAAGGCCUGCUGGGAAGGGGAUUGUGUUGACUCUGACAUAUUGGCUGCCAUAGACCAGGCAGUAGCUGAUGGAGUUGAUAUUCUUUCCCUCUCCCUAGUAGGAGAUGCAACACCUUAUUAUAAGGAUAGCGCAAGCAUUGCAGCAUUGGGUGCAUCACAAAAAGGGGUCUUUGUGGCAUUUUCUGCAGGAAAUUCUGGUUCUUUACCAUCCACUGUCGGCAAUGUUGCACCCUGGGUGAUGACUGUUGCAGCCAGCUCCCUUGACCGUGGCUUCCUGGGCCAAGUAAAGCUAAGUAAUGGAAAAACUUUCCGUGGUGCUUCAAUCUAUUCCGGUAAUCAUAAGAAAACUAAACAACUGCCAUUAGUAUACAAAGAAACAGCUGGUGUCGAAAAGUCUACAGAAUACUGUCUCCCUGGAUCACUAUCUCCUAGCCUUGUAAAAGGCAAGAUAGUCCUCUGUAUGCGUGGCAUCAAUGACAAAACCGAAAAGGGAUUUGUAGUAAAAUCAGCAGGAGGAGCAGGGAUGCUACUACUUAACACUCCCAAUUACGGCGAAGAGCUUGUUGCUGACCCUCAUGUACUACCAGCCACCUUAUUAGGAGCUUCAGCUGCCCAAGUCAUCAAAGAUUACUUAACACAGUACAAAAACUUAACAGCCGCGAUUUCAUUUCAUGGUACGACAUAUGGAGCUAGAUCCCCGAAGAUGGCUGCCUUUUCGUCUAGGGGACCGAGUCCUGUGGAUCCUCAUAUCAUCAAGCCUGACAUCACUGCACCAGGAAUGAACAUCCUAGCUGCUUGGCCCCCUAUGUCUUCCAUAACUCGGUUAAGUAGUGACAAAAGACGGUCACAUUUCAAUAUACUGUCAGGUACUUCAAUGUCCUGUCCUCAUGUUAGUGGCAUAGCUGCUCUGAUAAAAUCAGUCCAUAGAGACUGGUCACCAGCUGCAAUUAAAUCAGCCAUAAUGACAACUGCUUACACUCGCGACAAUAGAGGGCAUCUCAUCUCUGAUCUAUCUGCAUCAAACAGCACCAAAUACGCGACUCCUUUUGAGUUUGGUUCAGGUCAUAUUAACCCUGAUAAGGCUUUAGACCCCGGUCUUGUGUACGACAUCACAGGUGAAGACUACUUGCAUUAUUUGUGCAGUAUCAAUUACACUAAUGCUCAGGUCACUCUUUUGGCAAGGAGGAAAUAUAGCUGCCCAAGUGACAAGGGGAAAACCGCGGUUCAGCCUGGUGAUCUGAAUUAUCCUUCAUUCGCGGUCAAUUUUGAUGCUGCAAAAAGAGGAAAGACUACAUAUACUUACAAGAGGACAGUGACUAAUGUAGGAAGUGGUAAGAUUAGUUACAAGGUAUUUUUGGACCAACCUAAGGGUGUUAAGGUUAGUGUUGAGCCUAAGGUGUUACACUUUACGAAAACCGCUGAGAAACAAAGUUACAAGGUGAGUUUCACAGGAUCAAGUAGCAGGAGUUUUUAUUCCUUUGGUUCUUUGAUUUGGGUGGGUGGAGAAUAUAGUGUUAGAAGUCCAAUUGCAAUAACUUGGCAAUAGUAUUGAGAUAAUUAAUGGUUAUCUCUGUAUAAUCAUAUAGUAAUUGGAAAAAUAAGGGAACAUUUUGUUUUUUUUUAUUUUUUUUUAUUUUUUAUAGGUUACAUAAUUGAUUUUGGAUUGAUUAGAAUUUCUCUAACUUGUGAGUUUGAUUGUUGAACAUUUUGCUUCCUUCAUUUAACUUCCCUUGAAUAUAGUUUUCUUUAUCGUGUAAGUAAGAAGUUUGACUUUGGAAGUUUCUACUUUGACAAGGGACAAAAUCACAAAACUAAAUGGCCAAUGAAAAUUUGGAUUAAAUCCAAGAAGACUAUUCAUUUUUUUUUCUUUUAAGUAAUAUUGCAACAAUUUAACUACUUCGUAUUAUAUUUAUCAAUGCUCAACAUUGUAAAAAUAGAAUGUGAGAAAAGUUAACACAUAAAUGAAAAAUAUAGAUAAGAAUAAGAAAAAAAAAAAAACUAGUAACAUAAAAAAGUGAGUGAAAAUGUGUAAAGAUUAUAUCGUGGAGGUAGGAUGAUAAAAUUUGUUGAGGGCUAGAGGGAGUACUAACAUAACUUUUGCAAUCAAGUAAUUGACUGAUAUCAAACUUUGUACUCAAAUCAUACUCUAAACUCUAAAUCCUCACCUUCAAUUUUAACAUGAGUAAUACUCAGAUCAUGUCAUG